AUGGGCGAAAAUGGGCCAGUUGUCCUCCACUAUAAAAGGAAGCCCCGUUGCCUCAGUAUCGAGAACACAAGCACGGCAACAAAUUUCAGACAAUCUAGUGGAGGAGGACAGUGGAGGAGAUGGCAGACAACUUCAGGCCACAUCUUGGAUUUGAAACUGGAAGUGGCUGAGGUUAUGCUCCGAGCUCGUGGAUCAAUUUACUAUCUUAUUGUUGGCUACAUCCGCCUCUUUGCUAGCGGCUUUGCCACCAUUUUGCUCCUGGUCAUUCUUGACCCAGUUUUGGGGUGCAUCUUUUCUGUCCUAUGGGUCUGUUUAUUUGCGAGACUCACAUAUGGAUCAUAUAAAGAGUUGUCCGAGUUGCUACGCCACACAGCUCAGUUGGGACGCGACUGGCGGACCACGCUACUUGGAAAUUUUAGACAACACAGAAACGAAAACCCAAAGCAAGCUAAUCAACCUCCUCCGUCUGAAGCUAAUCCUCCCGCCUUUGCCUGUGUAAGGCUCCAUCAGUUGGGACGCGGCUUGUGGUCAAAACCAGUUGGAAUUUUUAGAUACCGCAAAGGGGAAGAAACAAAUCAAGCUCAAGCUAAUCUCCUGCCUUCGCCUGUGUAA